AUGUCAUACGAUGACUUUCUAUCCGAUAUAGGUCUUGGAGAACAAUUUCUAAGUUCAUCAAGUGAUAUCAGUACUGUUUCUGAAUCAUCAACGCCACCUGAAAAGCAGCAUAUUGUGAAGGCAAAGAAAAGAUCUCGUAAUGGAUGUAAUAGUUGCAAGAAAUUAAAGAUCAAGUGUGACGAAGCAAAGCCAAAAUGUGAAUAUUGUUCACAUACAUCUCGUGAAUGCAUCUACCCCAAUUCGGUGGUGGUCAGAAAUCCUUCAAGAGAUGGUUUAAUAUCGCUGCUUCUAAUAAAUUCAACUGCAAAGCAACUUCAUAUUUCCAAUUUUGAAUAUCGAUUGCUUCAUUACUUUCAAUCAUUUUGCGUACCCUUAUUUUCAUUCAAUAAAGACUCUAGAGUUGAUGCAGUUUGGAGAAAUGAAGUACCAAAACUUUGGCAUAAAUCCCCCCUUGUACGUCAAGCAGUGUUUCUGUUUAGCUCAAUUAAUCUUUGGCCGUUAGUAAAUUUGGAAUGUUUUAUUGAAAAUCCCCAUGACACACGAAAGUUGUACGAGGCAAAAUCUUACAAUGAAGUCGAAGAACUAAACAUGUUAUUGGCAGGUCAAGGUCCCAACUUUGAUCCCGACUCUAGUCCUGAAGAUGGUAAUCUAUAUGUGAAAACUACAAAUUAUUUUAUGAGUAGUCUUCGUCAGACUUCUGAAAAGAUCUCAGAACAUUCACAAAUUGUUGGAAAUAGAACCGUAUGCAUGGGAGAUGAUACAUUUACUCAAUCUGCAGAACUUGUAAUAUCUGGUAUACUUAUAUUUGCAUUCUUGGGAAUUCACCCACACAGGUUACUUCCCUUGGUUAAUUUUGAUCCUGACAAUGAAGAAACGGACUUUUUAGCCAUAUGUGCUGGUAUUAGGCAGACUAUGAGUAGAGCAAUAGGUCCAUUAAGCAAUACUCCGUACAAAGACUUAUUUUUUCUAGACAAGAUGGCUAAACAACUCCCAACCAUUCCCAACUGCUAUCCAAUAAUACAAAUUCUCAAGAAUAGUCUUAUCGAUUGGAUACACCAUAAUCAUUAUGACGAGUGUAUUUCCUCCGAUACAGCACUGGAGGUUGAAGUAUAUACCGAUUGCCUUGAUCUUUUCCAUUCUUGUUUGUAUAGUGCGGUCUCGAUGAAUUAUCCAAUUCCCCUCUUUCGAUAUAUUAUUAUGGUGGACUCUGGACUACAACCACUUAUUAGAGCAAAAAGACCCUUCGCUGUUAAAUUAUUAUACUAUUACUCUGCACUUUGUAUGAUGUGCCGUCUACUGUUAUUCAGCCACACAAGCAUAUGGAUGGACUACAUGGAAUGGUAUAAGAAUCAUUGUGAAUCUCAUUUUGGAGGAUGGCAUAGCCAGGAUGAGUUGGUGCUAUACAAAUUAGUUCAUGAAGCAAAUGUUACUUUUAAAGUAGAUAAGUUCUACCAGUUGUCUGUUUUUGAUCCUAGAAGUCCAUAUAUAGAUGUUUUGAACCAAAUGACAAACACCUGA